UUUAGUUAGUGAUUUUACAUCAUGAGACCAUUUGUGUUAUUGUCCACCUUAGUGGCAUUGGCCAGUGCCAGACCUGAAGCCGGUUACAGCUACAGCCCCCCUUCUAGCUCUUACGGAGCUCCAUCUGGUGGCGGUGGAGGCUUUGGAGGUGGACUAGGGGGCGGACACGGAGGAGGACUUGGAGGAGGUUUCGGAGGUAGCAGUGGAGGAGGCGGUGGAUUCGGUGGUGGCGGAUUCGGAGGAGGUAGUGGAUUCGGAGGCGGAUCUGGAGGAGGUUUUGGAGGUGGAUUCGGUGGUGGAAUCGGAGGAGGUGGUGGUAGCGGAUUCGGCGGUGGAUUCGGAGGUGGAUUCGGAGGUGGUACUACUACCAUCCAAAAACACAUUUACGUACAUGUACCACCACCAGAACCUGAAGAAUUCAGACCACAAAGACCUAUCUCUGUUGGACAAGCACAAAAACACUACAAAAUCAUCUUCAUCAAGGCACCAAGUGCACCUGCUCCAACUGCUCCAGUAAUUCCAGUCCAACCACAAAACGAAGAAAAGACUUUGGUCUACGUUUUGGUUAAGAAACCAGAAGAAGCUCCAGAAAUUACCAUCCCAACUGCAGCACCAACUCAACCCAGCAAACCAGAAGUAUACUUCAUCAGAUACAAGACACAAAAAGCAGCAGGAGGUGGUUCUGGAUUCGGAGGUGGUAUUGGCGGUGGCAUCGGAGGUGGAAUCGGAGGAGGAAUUGGAGGAGGUGAUGGACUCGGAGGAGGUAUCGGAGGUGGUAUCGGCGGAGGAAUCGGCGGUGGUAUUGGAGGAGGUUCCGGAGGUGGACAUGGAGGUGGAAUCGGAGGAGGUAUCGGAGGCGGAUCAGGUGGUGGCGUAUCGUCAAGCUACGGUCCACCUGGUAAAUCCGGACCGUACUAAUUACCAUACUAAGAUACCUCCGCAACGGUUGACGAUGUCCAAUCGUUGCACCAUAGUUUAUUACAAAUCAUUCCUGUAUUUGAAAUCAAAUGUUGACGUGUAGUUAAGAAGACUGAUGCUGUCAAAGCUGAACAUCCACCCCCCACAAACGGCAAACGGUCUUCGAACUACUAUCCAGAAAAUCGUGGAAUGGAAUGUUCUUUUAAUAAACUAUGGGUUUUACUCAAAAAAAAAAAAAAA